GCGCAGGCAGCAGCGUGAGGAUAAGCAAUAAUAAUGAGUGGCGACAGCGCGGCGCUCUCGGCGGCCAUGGCCUCCCAAAUCUGCGACCAAAUCCGAUCCGUCUUCUCCUCCCCUCCCCCGCCGUCCCCGGCCGGAUCCCGCGCCCUCCCCCCGCCGCUGGAUGUCCUGGUGGCGGAGAUCUCGGCGGCGGCCGCGGCGGCAGGGAAGGUGUUCGUCCACGGGGUGGGCCGGGAGGGGCUGAUGAUGAAGGCUCUCUGCAUGCGCCUCUACCACCUCGGCCUCUCCGCUCACGUCGUCGGUGACGUCACCACCCCUCCCAUCGCGGCCGGCGACCUCCUCCUCGCCUCCACCGGCCCCGGCUACUUCUCCACCGUCGACGCCAUCUGCGGCGUGGCGAAGUCCGCCGGGGCCCGCGUAGCGCUGCUGACCGCGCAGCCCGAGGCUGGGAGCGCUGCGUGCCGGAGCGCGGACGCGGUAGCGUAUAUCCCGGCCCAAACCAUGGCGAACGACGAGGAGGAGUCGGGAGCUCCGCGCGGGGUGAGGUUACCGAUGGGGAGCGUGUACGAGGGAGCGCUGUUCGUGCUGUUCGAGAUGGUGGUGCUGAGGCUGGCCGAGGUGCUGGGCCAGACACCGGCCCACCUCCGCUCGCGCCAUACCAACCUCGAAUAGACUUAGAACAGCAUCCAAACAACCUUUCUGAGCCUACAGGUAAGAGAUGGAUAGAAAGCAUUUCACUGUCAAAAUUUUCAAGAGUUACUCAUGCAAUGGCUGGAAAGUUGGGAGAAAGAAGAUAUGUGAGGGAAGGAAGUUAUUCCUGAUUCUGGCCAUUGCACAAGCUUUUCUGUUUUCAGAUACUGUUAUAAAAAGUUAGGAUUUUGAUCCAUUUCGAUGUAGGCAUCUUGCUUGAAGCAUGUACCCUGUUCUAUAUUCUGUCGUAUCUAUCUCAGUGGUUGUGAUGCAUUACAAACAAUAAUAAGAUCCAUCAAAAUGUAAGUAAAGUUAACCUGAGGCUUGAGAAGUCAACCAGCAGUCUAUUUACUACUAAUUCAGAUGCAUAUGUCACUAAUAUUUAAGGGAACUAACUAAGCAUUGAAAAUGGAAGGUAAUGAAUUGUAUGACGAACAAAUAAAGCAACACCCAGCUACUUUGCCAACUUGAUCAGCUGCUACCUUCAUAAGGCUUGUUGCCAUGGAAUGCUGUACCAUACCGAACCAGCCGGUACACCUCGUACCGAGCCGGACCGGUGGGGAAUUGGCAUGGUUCGGCCGGUUCAAACGGUAUACCGGCGGAGGAAGAAGGAAAAGAGAGAGAAAGUGAAAAAGAGAGAGAGGAGGAGAGGGAGAGAGGCGGGAGUCGCUAGAGGCCGGCGGUGGCCCGCUGUGGCCAUCAGAGGGCCGCGAAAGCAUCCAUGGCUCGUCGGUUUGCCUGAUAGGGCUUUGAAACGAGUGAGAAAGAAAGAGAAAAAAGGAGGAGAUCACCGGAGAUGGAAGCAUGCGGCGUCACGGU